GUUUGCCCACUGAUAACAUCUAACAGCUUCUUUUUUUCAAUUGUUUAAGCCUUUGUGCUCAAGCUCUGAUCUCUCUUACUACUUAAAGCUACACAUGGAAAGUUGAAAAUGUUACUAUGAUUGCUCUUAGUUUAGCUGUGAAGAGUAUCUGGAAUAUGGCAUUUGGAGUCUUUGUUUUCCUUCAUCAAAUCUGGUGGCUUGCUGCCCUACCAGAGAUGCAGAUCCAGCCACCAGUGUCCUCACAUUUAAAGUUACAUAGCAACAGUCAUAAUAUAAUUCCUAAUACAAGCCUGGAGAACCUUGGUACAGAUCAUUUUGCUCAUAUGUCUGGCCACUUGAAGAGAGUUAAAAGGGAUUGGGUGAUUCCUCCACUGAACCUACCUGAAAAUGACAGAGGGCCAUUUCCUAAGUACAUAGUCAAAAUAAAGACAAGUAAGGAUUCCAACGUGGAGAUAAACUACAGGAUCACAGGCCCCGGGGCAGAUGAACCUCCAGUGGGUCUCUUCACUAUAGACCGCAGGUCAGGGGUGCUGCAGGUCACCCAGCUGCUGGACAGAGAGCAAAGAGACAAAUAUAAACUCUGGGUUCAUGCCAUUCAUGCUCAUGAUGGCAACAAAGCAGAGGAGCCCAUGGAGCUGAUCAUCCACAUUGUUGACAUGAAUGACAACCGCCCAGAAUUCACCCCGAGCUCCUUCUAUGGCCAAAUCAGUGAAAGUGCCAGGGCUGGGGAUUCUGUCAUGCGGGUAAUGGCUACUGACAGAGAUGAUCCAGAAACAGACCACGCCAUGAUCAAGUAUCGAAUAUUGUCCCAAUCACCAGAAGUACCAUCUGACUAUAUCUUUGCCAUAAACCCAUUGAGUGGAGUGAUUAGUUUGACUGGAGGAGGACUGGACAGAGAGACCCAUUCGGAGUAUUACCUGGUCAUUCACGCUGCGGACAUGAAUGGUGAAGGACUUUCUGCUACAUGUACAGUCACUAUAACCAUCACUGACAGCAACGACAAUGCCCCACAAUUCCUCAUCAAAUCGGCCUCUGCGUCGGUUCCUGAGAAUGAGGCUGGAGCUGAAGUUAUUAGGUUGAAAGUCACUGAUGAAGAUGAGUUGGGAUCUGCCAACACCAACACAAAGUAUUCUAUAAUCAAAGGAAAUGAAGGAGCGCACUUCAAAAUCAGCACAAGCCCGGACAAAAUGGAGGGGAUCCUUUCUACAGCCAAGAAGUUGGAUUUUGAGAGCACUUCUGUCUUCACUUUGCUGAUCAUUGUAACAAAUGAAGCACCUUUUACUAGACCAGUUUCUACCUCCACUGCUACAAUCACAGUUACAGUAGAAGACAAGAAUGAGCCGCCCAUGUUCUCUCCGUCCAGAAUACAAGUGGCCCUUUCUGAAGAUGCUCCGAUUGGAAGUUCUGUGACUUACCUCAGAGCCGUAGAUCCAGACACGGCAAGAACAACAAAAAUACGAUUUAAGUUGAACGCAGAUGCUGCUGGGUGGUUCAACCUUGACCAAGACACCGGGAGAGUGAGUGUGAGAAGUGACCUGGACCGAGAAUCACAUUUUGUACGGGACAACAUGUACACUGUCCCUGUUCUGGCCUAUGACAAUGAUACAGCUCCGGCCACAGGCACAGGCACUCUAAUAGUGACUCUAGUGGAUGUAAAUGACAAUGCUCCAGUGAUUCAGCAGAGGAGGGUCAGUGUGUGCAAUGUGGAUCCUGUCCCCGUUCAGCUGGACAUAGUGGACUCAGACAGCCCAGAGAAUGCAGCACCUUUCACUGUGGAGCUGCAAGGAGAGCACAGCAAGAGCUGGAACAUCAAGGUCAAUGCAUCAGGUAAUGCAGUGUUUCUGAGCCCCAAGCGUCGGAUGGCUGUGGGGUGGUUUUCAAUCCUUCUGAGGGUCUAUGAUGCUGGGUUACUGUAUCAGGACAGCUCCCUGGAUGUGGAGGUGUGCCAGUGUGAAGGGGUCAUGACCUCCUGCAUCAUGCCCCACUCAGACCCUCUGCCUCAACGCCUCCUCUACCUCUCUUUAGUCCUGGGAGCCGUUUUUGGACUCCUUUUACUGCUGUUGCUGUUGAUCCUGAGAAGAAGAAAAAAGCACAUGGACCAUGUGGCUCUUCUUAAAGAUCCAUCCAGAGACAACAUUUUCUGCUAUGACGAGGAGGGUGGAGGAGAGGAAGACCGGGACUUUGAUCCUAGUCUGCUUCAUAGAGGUCUGAAUGAGCGCCAUGAGGUCUUAUGCUCUGAUGUGGUCCCUGUUAAUCAAACUCGUCCAAGCUACAGACACCAUCCUCAACCCAAUGAAGACAUAGGGCAUUUUCUCACAGAGAACUUGGUGGCUGCAGACGGUGACAGCACGGCUCCUCCGUACGACUCCCUGCUGGUGUUUGACUAUGAAGGGGCGGGGUCAGAGGCAGAGUCUCUCAGCUCUUUGGACUCCUCCUCAGACUCAGAGCUGGACCAGGACUUUGGGGCUCUGCAGGACUGGGGCCCGCGCUUUAGCAGGCUGGCUGACAUGUACACAGAAGGGAUGGAGGACGAUAACGAUACUCUGCCAGGGAAAACAGAAUGGGUUUGAGUUUUGAGUACAAAAUGAUGUAUGUAUCCACAUUUUUAAUGACUAUACAGUGUUUUUGAUUUAGUCUGAUGAAUAAAAAACUAACUC